CUCAACUUUUCGUUGCUCCGCCCGUUCCAACAACCAUCCGUCGACGCGAUACGCAGAUAAAUCGGUACGUGCAAUUACCAACGCCGAGAGUCGCCAUUAUUCUUGUCGUAACAUUCCCGUCGCUGACUCGAACGACCGUUAGCAAUCAUGGCUGGUGGCAAACCCCGUGGUCUCAACGCCGCACGAAAGCUGCGAACGAACCGAAAGGACCAGAAAUGGGCCGACCUUCACUAUAAGAAGCGUGCCCUGGGCACUGCUUUCAAGUCCUCGCCCUUCGGUGGCUCUUCCCACGCCAAGGGCAUCGUCCUCGAGAAGGUCGGUGUCGAGGCUAAGCAGCCCAACUCCGCUAUCCGAAAGUGCGUCCGUGUUCAGUUGAUCAAGAACGGCAAGAAGGUCACGGCUUUCGUCCCCAAUGACGGUUGCCUGAACUUCGUGGACGAGAACGACGAGGUCCUCCUGGCUGGUUUCGGUCGCAAGGGCAAGGCCAAGGGUGACAUUCCCGGUGUUCGAUUCAAGGUCGUCAAGGUCUCGGGUGUCGGUCUGCUCGCUCUGUGGAAGGAGAAGAAGGAGAAGCCCCGGUCUUAGAGAGCAAGAGAUGCUUGUGGAAAAGAGCGAAGUCACGUCAUAAUUUUGGCAUGAGGAGUAACAUUGGCUUGCUGGCAUCGGCAUACAGGUUGGGUUUUGUCAUGCGAGACUAGGUUCGGAAGGUAGAUCCAGGUCUCACUCAAAACAUUCAAGCAUCACAACGGCACGCUGAAUCCCUUGUUUCCUGUGGCCCUCUAUUAUUGUACAAAUUUGGGGCUACACGUUCUGCUAUAUACCUGUAAGGCUCGACUGGCAGACGGUCAUCAAUCGGCGUCCUUCGCAGCGGCGUCAUCCUCCUCGACUCUGCGGAUCAAAUAGUCC